UUUGAAAUUAAAUUUAAUCAAAAUUUGGUGGACAAAAUAAAAUCCCAAUUUUCAAAUUUUUGUUUUUUAUGACAGAUAUCUGAACUGAAUUAUCAAUUGGAUAUGCCAAAUCACCUAAACAGAAUAUUGUUCUUUACCUGAAUUUACAGUUAAGGCCGUGAAUAUCCAGUUAAAACCAGUUGGUUUCAGUUAAUAACUAGUGAAAAGUGACUUUCCUGGAUCCUCUUGUUGAUCAGCUAAGAGGCUGACACCACGCCAUUUUGCUUUGAGAACACGUUUUUGGAUUUUAUAUACAGUAAAUUAGUCUAUUAAUUUAUCAAAAUGUCUGGAGAAGAAACAUCUGCCGAUAGAAAUGUUGAGAUAUGGAAAAUAAAGAAACUUAUAAAAAGUUUGGAACUAGCAAGAGGGAAUGGAACAAGUAUGAUCUCACUUAUAAUUCCUCCAAAAGAUCAGAUAUCUAGAGUAAGCAAAAUGUUAGCUGAUGAAUUUGGUACAGCCUCUAAUAUUAAGUCUCGAGUAAAUAGACUUUCAGUUCUUGGUGCUAUCACAUCAGUCCAGCACCGUUUAAAACUAUAUACCAAGGUCCCUCCUAAUGGAUUAGUCAUUUACUGUGGAACUAUUGUAACUGAUGAAGGAAAGGAAAAGAAAGUAAACAUAGACUUUGAACCAUUCAAACCAAUUAAUACCUCAUUGUAUUUAUGUGACAAUAAGUUCCAUACAGAAGCCCUGACAGCAUUAUUGGCAGAUGAUAAUAAAUUUGGUUUUAUAGUUAUGGAUGGUAAUGGUGCAUUAUUUGGUACACUACAAGGAAACACGAGGGAGGUACUUCACAAGUUUACUGUAGAUUUACCCAAGAAACACGGUAGAGGAGGUCAGUCUGCACUUCGUUUUGCCCGUCUAAGAAUGGAAAAACGUCAUAACUAUGUUCGAAAAGUAGCAGAAGUAGCUACGCAAUUAUUUAUAACAAAUGACAAACCUAACAUAGCUGGACUCAUCUUGGCGGGUAGUGCCGAUUUUAAGACUGAACUUAGUCAAUCUGAUAUGUUUGAUCCAAGGUUACAAGCUAAAGUAAUCAAACUAGUAGAUGUCUCGUAUGGUGGUGAGAAUGGAUUUAAUCAAGCCAUCGAAUUAGCAGCUGAAUCACUUCAAAAUGUAAAGUUUAUUCAAGAAAAGAAACUGAUAGGCAGAUAUUUCGAUGAAAUUAGCCAAGAUACGGGGAAAUACUGUUUUGGAGUUGAAGAUACCCUUAGGGGCUUGGAAUUAGGUGCUGUAGAAACACUAAUCUGUUGGGAGAAUUUAGAUAUUCAGCGAUAUGUAUUGAAAAACCAUGCUACGGGUUCGGAAACUAUACUGCAUUUAACUCCUGAACAAGAAAAAGAUAAAUCACAUUUUUCAGAUAAAGAGACUGGUGUAGAAUUGGAAUUGGUGGAGUGUCAACCUCUUCUUGAAUGGUUGGCGAAUAAUUACAAGAACUUCGGUGCCACUUUAGAAAUUAUUACAGACAAAUCUCAAGAGGGCUCCCAAUUUGUUCGAGGGUUUGGUGGAAUUGGAGGAAUACUACGGUACAAAGUGGAUUUUCAAUCUCUACAAGCUGAUGAACCUCUUGAUGAUGUAGACCUCGAUGAUUAUUAAGGUCUACUUUGCCCUGUCUCUACGAAAUUGAAGGUUUGCUCCGGUACAAAGUAGACUUCCAAAGUUUACAACUAGACGAUAUGGAUAACGGCGAAGAAUUUGAUCUAGAUGAUUAUUAAAUGUAGAGACAAAUUUGUAGAAAUUUUCAUUUAAAACAAUGUGGGCCCGUUAUGUAAUAAACACGUGUAAAAAGUAAAUGAUGGCAAUAUACUAAUUUAUCCUAAAGGAGUAUAAUAUGAUGUGCUUUUUUGUAAUAUUAUUUCCAAAUUUAUGCUUUCACAAACUUGAAAGUUUAUUCCAUGAAAAGUUUUAACUAUAUCAUUAAAUUAAUAAGUAUUAUUGAUUAAUUUUAUUUAUUGAUUAAUCUAUGUUAGUAAAAUGUACAAAGCACAAAGAUAAAGAUAGUUAGGAUAACCCUUUACACCAACUGAAAGUAUAGAAAUUUCCGGAUUGUUUGGUACGGCAACAAACAAAUUCACACGAAAUUCCAAAUUUGAUAAUGUCUACUACAGUUGAAGAUGACAAUAGAUAAUUCCAGACCACGACCUAUACGCUCAGAAAACAAUGUACCAUUACAAAACGGCUGCGAAAGCCUACAUUCAUACUUGAUUCGUAUACAUACUGUCCAUGGGCGCUCAUACCCAUGGGCAGGGUAGGGGGCGUGGCCCCCUGGCUUUUCGGGUGCUUUAAACUAUAUGUCGUUAUCCAAAGUAUACAUACCUAAGGUAAUGUGCAACAUCUUCACGUCUGCCCUCCCCCUAAAAAUUUUUAUAUGGGCGCCCGUGAUACUGUCCUAAGUUACACAUCCAUUUUUGUCCACGUGUGUGACCAGGAGCGCCAUUACCAACGGUUCCCAAGACUGAGAGUCAUAGCUUACUCGGAGCAGUAGGGAUUUAAAGAAGAAAAAACGAGCUAUGUACUUGUCAGUGUGUCGGAUCACACACAGAUCGGUUUAGUAGUUUGUAUAAAUUAUAUAAAAUAAAAAUGUAGAUUUGGAAAUAAUAUUACAAUAAUAUCGGAGUGAUCAUGUGUUUUGUAUAAAUUAUAUUGUCUCAAAAAAUGUUUACCGAUAUUUAUUAUUUAAUUGUUAAAAUUAUGUAUGUAUAUUGCAAGUGUUUAUAAUUAAUAGUGAAAAAGACCAGUAUUUCUACAGUGGCUUGUUUUUUUCAUUGGUUUUUAUAUAUUUAGAACAGAAUAUUUUUUGUACCUAUUUACUUUUUUUUGUUAACGAGGUAAUAAAUCAGGUUUGGAAAUUCUUCAUUCUAUUUUAGUUUGUAACCAUUGGCAUUUUUUUGUUUUUAAAUUAAUAAAUAAUGACUUAUUCACACUUUAGUAUCAAUUAAUAAUUUAAUUUUUUAAUAUAAUAAUAAUAUUUAAUUUUUUAAUAUAAUAAAUUAAUAUUAUAUUACUAUCCUUUUGACGGCAUGAAGCCCAGUAGGUAAGAAAUAACGAUUUUGCGAAUUUCUUUGGCAAGAAUAAGUAGUUACAAGUAAGAGGUUUGGGUAAUAGGGCUUUUCAUUCACAGUCAUUUGUUUUGAGGUUCUGUCAUAUGUCGUAUAAAUAAUACGUAUAUAUUAAUAUUAUACACAGAUUAUACAACAUAUGACUGAAGUUCGAAACAAAUGACAAUCGAGGAAAAGCCCUAUUGUGCAUGAAAUACUUAAGCUGCCUGUAUGGAUGUAAGCUGAAGUAGUUUCAGGUAAAGUCCGUCCGCUCAACUCGGACGCAUUUUGACAGGUUCAGAGUAACAAACAUACAACACAAAAAUUCCUACCUUAUAGGACUAUUAACAGCAGAAAUAAACUUACUCUUUCAUUAAAAAAGAAUUAUUGGGAAUAGUGGGAACAUCGCAUGUUCCUAGGAAAAGUGUAAUAAAUCAAAACAGCAAAUUUUUUCAAGAGAAUAAAAACAAUUUUUGUCAAUUUUAAAAUGCUAAUAGAAGAACCAGAAGUGCAUUUAUAUAUACAGUGAGCACGUAAAGGUUGGAAUAAAUUCAUUUUCUCGAGAAUGGGCAAAUUUGGAAAAAAAUCCCGAAAAAGGUCGAUUUUUAUUGUGAAAUUAGGAUUUUUUUGGCAUAUAUAUCACACUCGUGACGUCAUCCAUCUGGGCGUGAUGACGUAAUCAAUGAUUUUUUUAAAUGAGAGUAGGGGUCGUAUGACAGCUCAUUUGAAAGGUAAUUCAAUUCUCUAUUUAGUAGACUAAACAUUAUCAUAAUUAUUUACACAGGGUGUCCAAGAAUCAUUUUUUUAAAUUAAAUCAAUUAAGACAAAAAGAAGAAUGUAUGUAAUUUAUUUAAUUCAAAGUAGCAGCAAAAUGUAUUUUGAAUUAAAUAAAUUACAUACAUUCUUCUUUUUGUCUUACUUAAUUUAAUUCAAAAAAAUUUUUUUUUGGACACACUGUGUAAAUAAUUAUGUUAAUGUAUAUAUUAUUGAAUAGAGAAUUAAAUAACCUUUCAAAUGAGCUGUCACGCGACCCCUAUUCUCAUUUUAAAAAAAUCAUUGAUUACGUCAUUACGCCCAAAUGGAUGACGUCACUAGUGUGAUAUAUAUGCCAAAAAUUCUGAUUUCAAAAUAAAAAUUGACCUGUUUCGGGAUUUUUUCCAAAUUCGCCCAUUCUCGAGAAUAUAAAUUUAUUCCAACCUUUACGUGGUCACUGUAUAUUCAAAUAGCGUCAAAUAGAGAUUAAAAUGAUUAUUCCUUAAUUUGCCUUAACAAGUCUUUUUGUGAAACAACAACGGUUAUCUCAAUAACAACAGUUUUUGAGAUGAGUCAUUUGUUUAACCCUCGUAAGGCGGUGCUUAGAUUCUUACGUAAACGACGGUGCGGGGUGCAUUUGCACCCCAUCCGUAUAUCCAUUUUUUUUAUGUGAACGUCGGGAAAAUUGAUUUGAAAGAUAAUUAGAACUUGUUUAUUAUACUAUGAAACAUAAUUUUACAAAAAAGUACUCAUUUCUUGUUAAAAAAAAAAUUAUUAUCGUUGCAAGACAAACACAUGAAAUUUUUCACACAUGGGUGAGCAACACAAAGUUUUUGUACGCAAUGCAGUUAUGCCGGGACUUUCGGUCUUUUUUCUCUGACAUAAGUAACACUGACCUUGUCCCGUAGCUCUAUUAGCUCCAGGUGGAAGAUCAGAAACGUCCAAUUCAGGAUAUUAUGACAUUUUCAUCAUUUGCACCCUACAGUCAUUUUUCCAAAAAAGCACAUAAACGCAAAGAGUUUUAAAUGCUGUGAUGGGUGGAAUGCGUUUAGAAGUGAAUUUAAUGCGAAUAAAAAAAUGGACAAAAAUCAAAAAAGAUACGUGAGAAAAACGAGGUCUGGGAUGCACCUGCACCCCGCACCGCCUUACGAAGGUUAAACAUUUUUGAUAUGUUACAGUUUUCUUCAAAAAAUAGAGUAACGACACGAAAUAUCUUACUCAGAAAAUAUGAAACAAAAGUCUAACUCUUCCAAACUAAACAGCAAUAACUACAAAUAUUACAGUUUUCGGCGGAUGUAAAGUGGAAAUAUUGGCAAAUAUUCCGAUAAUAAAAGUAUCAACUCGAAAUGUUACACUUUUAGCGGGAGAACACGAAACUAAAGUUUACAACAAUUCUAAAAUAAAACGGUAAUAACUACAAUUAUUACACUUUCGAACUAAUUGGCUCUGCCAAAGCCAUUUUUCAAAGAAAAUACACUUUUGAACGGAAAUACAGCGGAGUGCCGCAAUGCAUAACACGAUAACUGCAUUUUAUUACUGUUUUCAUCGGAAAAUGCUGAUGAACCUGUCCGAGGAAUAGUGAUUCUUGUGCCAUCUAGGCAACAACGAUUGAACUUAAAUCAUUACAGUUUUCUCAGGGGAUAGUGCAUUCGAUAUACAAUCCAUUCCUGUAAGUAGAAAAGUGAAGGUAGAAAAAAUUUGAUUUACUACACUUUUCUUCUUGACGUUUGAUGUGGGUAUACAGCAGUGUUUGCAUAAGUUGAAACCAUUCGGGAAACUUUUUCUAUUAAUUUUACGAAAAAAAGUUUUCUUCAUAAAAAGCUCUGCAUUGUCUAAAACCUAAGAGUGAACCCUUAGAUAUAAAAUUUUAUCAAUCUUGUAUGAGGUAUUUUAAAAAAUAUGAACGUCGCUCAAGGGUAAAGUACCGCUAUAUUUCACAAUAUCGAAUAUUGUUAUAUAAGGUUUGUUCCAACACAACGAAAAACCGUUAUGUAACGUUACUAUAAAAUAAUACGUUCCAUGGGUUAUUUUGUUUACUGCGCAGUUUCGUGAUCGUCACAUGACGGUUUUUCGUUGUGUUGGAACAAACCGUAUGAAAAGUUUUAUGUGUUUCUAAUUAAAAAAAAAUUGCAAAUUUUUUGUCUACGUAAGUUGAAAUCAUGUGGGAAACUUUUUUAUUAAUAAUUUUACGAAAAAAAGUUAUUCUUUAUAAAAAGUUCUUUAUAUCAAAUUUUAUCAAUCUUAUACGAGGUAUGUCAAAAAAUAUGAAUGUCACUUAAGAGUAAAGUACCUCUAUAUUUCACAAUAUCGAAAAUUGUUAUUAUGGAAAGUUGUUUGGAAUUAAAAACUAUAUUAUAAUUAGCAAUUACAUCUUUCUAAUUGAAAAAAAAACAUCUGCAAAUUUUGUGCCUACAUACAAUGGCAAGGACUAAAGCAGGGAGAUGGGCUGGCCCCAACAUUGUUUAACCUGACACUGGAGUAUGCGGUUAGGCAAAUGCAAACUGGAUGAGGAAACCUGACCAACCGAACGGUUCAACUGGCCGCUUAUGCCGAUAAUAUUAAUAUUAUGAGUAGAACAUCAACAGGAGCACAGGAAACAUACGCAGAGCUAAAAACACAAACAAAAAUGCUAGGUCUGGAAAUCAACACAGAAAAACAAAAAUAAUGACUCAGACGAGACGAAAUAUAGUCCCACAAAACAUUAUACAUGAAGAUGGCAUUGAAACGGUUGGAAAGUUUACAUACCUGGGAGUAGAAAUAUAUGCCGACGGAUCAAAAGAUGGAGAAAUACGGAAGAGAAUAACGCAGUCAAACAGAGCUUAUUUUGCCCUCUCCCAUAUAUUUCGGUCUAAGAGUGUCCACCGAAAUACAAAGAUGAAAAUCUAUAAAACUUUAAUUCGACCAAUAACAUGCUAUGGCAGUGAAGCCUGGGUCCUGAAAGAAACAUCCAAAAACAAACUCGACACAUUCGAAAGGAAAGUACUGAGGAGAAUACUAGGACCUGUGAGGGAAAACGGAAUCUUCAGAAGUCGAUACAACAACGAACUUGAUCAACUUUAUAAGGAAGCAACCCUGUCAGACUUCAUUAGAAUACAAAGAUUGCAAUAGGCCGGACAUGUGAUAAGAAUGGGAGAGGAUAGGCUACCAAAAAGAGCACUGAAUGCUAGAAUGCAGGGAAAGAGACCGGCUGGAAAGCGCUGGGAAGACACAGUAAACAGCGACGCACAAGCCCUAUUAGGAGUCCGUGUAUGGAGAAGAGCAGCCACAGACAAGCAAGGGUGGAGGCCAAGGCUCAAUUUGGGCUGUAGUGCCGUAGAAGUACAAUUCGACCGACGAUAGCUGACGGGUGACUUUUAGCGAAAAUACACAAUACAAGGUCAGCCGCCAGGUCUCGCUUGUCGGAUUGUAAGUUGAAAUUAUGUGGGAAACUUUUUUACUAUUGAUGUUAUGAAAAAAAAGUUAUUCUUCAUAAAAAGCUCUACUGCAUGACUUAAAACCUAAGAUACAAUCAUCUGAUAUCAAAUUUUAUCAAUCUUAUACGAGGUAUGUCAAAAAUAUGAAUUUUGCUCAAGAGUAAAGUACCUUUAUAUUUAAUAAAAGAAAAGUUGUUUGGAAUUGAAGACUAUGUUUUAAUAUGCAAUUAUAUCCUUCUAUUUAAAUGGUUAAUUUUCGGUAUCUGCUAGGGUUUUGAAGUAACAAACCUUACGUUGCGCCCUUUCAAUCUGUUUCAUCUGGGAACUAACGUCGUUGGGAGGUAAGUAAUAUUUUACAUUUUUUAUCCGUUUUUGUUGAAGAAUUAACGCCUUCAAGAUGUUCUGCUGAAGGAGAAUACUUCGGAUCGUGUAGACAGCGCUUAGAACAAAUCACUCUUCUCCAAUAACUUAACAUUUAGACUCGACUGCUCUAUUUGUCUAUCAGACGUCUUAAAAGUUUUUGGAUAUAUUGCAACAAGAAGUAAUGAUAAUAUUGUUCUGACGCUAUUUUCUUGCGACAUCUUAAUGCAAUUAACUGUUUUAAAAUAAGUUCAUUUUAAAGUAAAAUUCUGGCUUAUUCCCAAUAAUAAUCAUAAAAAGUAAUGAUAAUAUUGAGAUUUAUAAUUUCGGCAAAUGUUGAAGGUCGCAGAGGUGGCUCACACUCGAUGGAUCGAUCAAAUGCAGAAAGCCAGUGGCAAGUCAUUCUCUUAAUUCCAUAAAAGAUCGGCACAGAAGAGAAGCUAAUAGAAAGAGAUAAUUGCUCGUAUGAUACGAAAUGACGAUGAUCAGUAAUGAGGAAACGACUAAAGAGCAGAGCUGGGCCGGGUACUGAUAAAUUGUACUCGGGUACAGAGUACCGGGUACUUUUCAUAUUUGAGGAACGAGUACCGAGUACAUUGUUCAAAAAAAGUACUAAGAGUACAAUACAAUAAGUACAAUUACCCGAAUUUGUCGGGUACUUCUUAUUUCGAGUACAUUUGAGUAUAGGACCCGAAAUAAGGUAAGGUAAUAAUUAUCUCUGCAUCUCUAAACAGUUAUUUAUGAGUCAUGAAAACAAAAUAACGUACAAUUCCAACCUAAAUAAAAAAAUUAGAAUUUUAAAAAUUGAUCAUUGAUUAAUACAGUAAAACCUGUCAGUAAUGGUCACUAAAAAUUAAGGAACUGUUGGCCGAUAUAGAAAGGUGGAGGGUAUUUCCCGUUUUUGUAGUUCACAAAUACAUAAAAUAUAAUUGGAACUAACUUUGUUUAUUUUGUUAAUAAAAGCAAAUAUAAUUCUAUACAUAAACGGAAACUACUUUAAUAUCCUACCUAAACAAAACUAGGUAGGUACAGUCGGCAAAAUGAAAGAAUACCCAUGAACGAUCACAUCAAUCACUUAUUUUGUAUUUGCUGUCUUUUUCUAUAGCAGACGUUUGUUAUUUAUAGAAAAUACGUGAUUGAUAGAAAAAAAAACAGAUUGAUGUUAAGCUUUUUUAAAGAAUUUUUCAACUCACUUUUAUUUUUUUUAUCCUUUGAUAAUUUGAGUUUUUACAACACCAUAUUUUUCGGCCAACUUUUGUGAAUUCAAAUCAUACUUAUAAAUAGUGACAAACGUUUCUCUUUUACGACAUUUUAUUAUAGGAUUUUAAGAACCUUGUGACCACUGACCCGAUGCAGGUUAUUUAAUCUCCUAUUUAGGUAGAUACAAUAGGUCCUAUUAAUAAAUAGUACUGGGAAUUUUCAUCAACAAAUAGACAAAAUUAUUUUGGCCGACAUUUACAUUCAAUUUCUAUCAAAUGGGCUUUAAAAAUAUGUGAUUAUUUGACCGUGUCCGUAUUAUAAAGGUGGCCGUAAAUAGCAGGUCAUAAAUAAAUGGAUAUACAUAUAAUUGGUUUAAGGAAUUUUGAAACCGGCCGUAAGUACAGGUGGCCGGUAACACAGGUUUUACUUUAAUCAGUAUAACACCAGUCACACUCACUGAUUAAUUUUAUUGGCUUUAACUAAUUUUUCAAAGUUUCAUCAGUUCUUCAGAGCAUUUCUUCGAGGGCUAUUAAUUAUUAUGGCAUGAGAAAAUAGGCGUUUGCUUGACUUUGCAAAUGGACUGAUACUGAAAACGGCGUUUUGCUACUAAUUUGCUGUCCCACAUGCAACGACAAGUUUAGACUUACAAAAAGUACUCGUAUAAUAAACGCGGGUACCGGGUGUUUUACCCAUACGCUACGGGUACGAGUACCGAGUACUUUAUUGAAAAUGUACUCUGGUACACUGAGUACCCAAAAUGUACCUUAGAGUACAAAAUUCGGGUACUUGUACUCGGGUAUUUCCCAGCUCUGCUAAAGAGUCAUAUAUCGAUUUUUGUUAUUACAUUAUUUGCACAAUAAUUUAAAUAAAGACAUAUUAAAAGUUUAUACAUAUCAUGUAAAGGGGUUUUUUUGUUAAAACAAAAAUGCAGGAUGUUUCUGUCCAAAAAUAUAACUGCUUGUUCUAAUUUGGGCGACCAUGUAUACUUUUAACUUGCUAUACCCUGUUUUUAAACUAUGAGGAGUAAACUCAAAAGACAGAUUCACACACAAAUAAUGUCACUAGGAAAAAUCACCAUAUUCAUCUUCUUUUUUGGUUGAUCAUGUCGGCAUUGUAUACGGUGAUCAAUAAAUAUUUUAUUUUACUAAUACGUCGCUAACGAGUUCUAAGAACAACUGUUUUUAUAUAAAUGCAGACUAAGAAUCUAAAAAGUAAAGGAAUAACGCAGAAAACAAAAAAAUAGCCGGUUAAUGAAAAUAGUUUCUAUCCUUUUGGGAUCGGUACUCACCGGAGGGACCCCAGACGUUCGGAUACAAUUAGCGUCUCUUUGUAAAGACAAUGAAGUCUACUUUUCAAAGUAACAAGACAUUUACUCACUAAACACAUACACUACCUACACUAGAUAUCUAGUUGCAAAAUCAACUGUACCAUGCCAAUGGCCAUUAGUUGUCGAAGUAUUAAGCUAAAAAAACUUAUUGACCUAUAAAUUUUUAAUGCCAAUAGUGUCAAAAUUUCAUAAAUGUCAAUAGUUUAUAAUUUAGUAGAGUAGACUUACCUGGAGUUUGACCAAUUAUGAACAAGCAUUACGGCGCAGUAAAUUUGAAUUACUCCUAGUUUAAAAACGAGGUAUAGUAUUGUAUAUAUUUCUGCUAAAGAAAUUUGUAAUAUCGUUAUUUGGUUUUCUAGUAUGUUUCGUUUAUUUUCGCGUGACACAUCCGUAUACGUAGAGCUACUUUUCGUUGCGUGGUUUUACAGAAAAAAUUUUGAUUGUGUAGGAAUACUGGAUUGACGAACCAGUCGAUCGGAAUACAGUGAUGAGCGCGCUAAUAACCGGCAAAAUAACGCAAAAAAUGGAAAACAUAAUACAUGGUGAAAUAAAAAGAUGAAAAUUAUCGAUAUAAACGUAUAAAGCAACAUUACAUCCCACCUUUAGACGUCUGUGACAGUUGCCAUACUCCUCUGAUACGUCUAAAUGUGGGAAACUAUGUAAUGUAAUGUUAAUUUAUACGUUUAUAUCGAUAAUUUCCACCUCUACUAGUUUCAUCUCUUUUACUCCACAAUGUAUUUACAUUAUUAUGUUUAUACGUUAUUUUGCCGGUUAUUAGCGCGCUCAUCCCUGUAUACUACUUUCAUACUUUUGCGCUGAUUUACAGAUUUUGACAAAACUUAACUAAUCCAUCAGCAGCACAUCAGUCUCAAAAACAAAUCGAAAUUUCAGUUAAUACAUAUUUAUUGGAAUUGAUAAUUAUGGUGUAAAUAAAUACAGAAAUACGAAUUGGAA